CAGAUGGACACCAAGAGCAACGUACGAUUAAAUCUGAUACAUGUUCUACAUGGUACAUUCAUAAAAUUAAAUGUGGUUAUUUGGCAAAUGGCACGGACAUAUUUUUGUCGAAAUCAUGAUUUUAGGUCAAAAUCCAUAUCAUUAUUUUCAAUGCGUUUGAAUGGCUACAUGCUGAUCUCACUUGGGAUCAAUGGAAGAAACACACGAGUUUGGUGUGUUUUAAGGGCAAAGCAAGCCUGGAUUGAAUGUCUUAAGUCUGGUAAUGUGAAGAAAUAGACCAGCGCACACAAGGAAUGAGAGGUAUGUGCUGCUCUUUUUGACCCCAGCUGUGUGCUGUUUUUUAAAUCAGCAGCCUCCUUUAGCACACAAACCCUCAACUUGCCUCAGUGACUGUGACAUAUACACCAGCCAAAUUGUACACUAUCCAGAUACACACCUGCUAAAUAACACACGAUUCAUAAAGCAGAGCUCAAUUUUAAUGUUAUCUCUUGAAUGACUGCAUUGCACAGACAUUCUGAAAGUGAUGGGGAAGCUGGAUGAGGUGUGUUGGCUGUCUCUGUGUAUAUGUGCAUCUAACCCACUGACUGCCAUUGGAUGAGAGCUGAGGGAGGGGGUGUGUUCAGGCUCACAGUAUAGCGCUUGUGUUAUGAAAGCCUGCUGCCGUCCCCUUUCCCAAACCUCAAUAACAACAGUAUCACAGACUGUGUGUGUGUGUGUGUGAGUGUGUGAGUGUGUGAAGGGGAGUGAGGAGUGCCUCUACCGCUGUCGCAGCUGGUUGCAGCUGCCUCCCAGUGCUGGAUUUCCUUGAAGGUCUGUCUCGCCUCUGCAGUGCCAAAAAAUAGAGGGUCCCCAGUGACUUAGGUUUACAACAGAUUCCAUCGAUGACACUGCUAAAACAGAAAUAAUGGACAAGAAAAGUGCAAAUGGCUUUCCUUCUAAAGCCUCUGAGAGCGGGGUGCAGAGAAAACAGCUUCCAUAUUCUGUAGAGACACCCUAUGGAUUUCACCUGGAUUUGGACUUUUUGAAAUACGUAGAUGAUAUAGAAAAGGGUAACACAAUCAAGAGGGUGCACAUCCAGCGCAAAAACAGGGGCCCAAAGUACAGUACACUGCCACGCAACUUUAGCCUACCUGGGCAUGGUGCUCGACCACUAGCCAAAGACACGUGGGCCAAUACUUCCACUUUAGGGUCAAAACCCAAGUCCCGUGUUACUGAAGUCCAGCAGCUUUUUGAAUUCCGAGCCAGUGAUGCCACUAGUAGUAGCAGCAGGGGAACCUCCACCUCCAGUCAGACAAAGAUUCCUGCGAGUGGUUUUCUUCCCUCUCCGAAGUCUGGGGAAGAAUCUCAAUUACAGACAUCCAGUGAAGAACCCAUGGGCCUUAAUGUUAGGCCUCACCUGUUAAGAGCCUCCAGCAUGCCUGUUAAUGUCCCACGCAGGAAAGGUUCAGACUCAACUGAGGAACAGAUUUCUCAAUCACAAAACGGCUCGACGGAGAAGCUUUUCAAACCGGUGGAUGGAAUUGACAGGAGAGGCAGUAUUCCCCAGGACAGAGCCAGUUUACAUCUACAGAUCACAGCUGCGUUAAAAAGGGUGCGUGAAUUAGAGGAACAAGUCAAGACUAUCCCUGAGCUCAGGGGUCAAAUAUGCUCUCUUAGAGAAGAGAAGGAGCAGUUGCUUCAAAGGAUUCAGCAACACCAAUCCAAGCAAAAGAGCCCUUCACCGUUGAAUGAGAUUAAGGUUCCUCUGAUUGAAUCUCAAGAAAAAACUGGUUGUCAAGUUAUAACUGAUCAGGAUGAUGCUCCCCCAGUUUCCCUAAACACUACUGCUUCUGCAGUACUACAGUCAGACCGAACCACAGAACAACAAGCAAUGGAACAAACUCCUGUGGAACAGGAUGUCGUACAUCAGGAAUCUGAAAAGCAUGAACACAUAACUGAGACAAAGUCAGAAAAGGAAGAAGUUCAGACUCCAAUGUCCGUCCCAGUGAUACUCAUAGACAAAGCGGAAACCCCAACUGAUUCAGAUGAAUCAGACAGAGUUUCGCAAGAGUCCACACCUCAAGAAGAAGCAUUAGAAAGUCUUUCUGAGGAAGUUGACAAACAGGAGAGUUCAUCUGAGAUUUUGUUUGAAGAAAAGCAGUCCACAGUAUUGGAAGGGAUUUCAGAACCUGGUGCUACAGUUGAAUGUACAUUAACUCAAAAAGAUCUGGAGAAAAAAGAGACAGUUGAUGGACAAAGUGUAAUCACAAUUGAUGAAAGUACAGUUGCUCAACCUGGUGAACAGACGCUUCUCACUAAUCAGGAGCAGCUUCAAGUAAAAUUAAAAAUGUUGGAAGAGAGUCUAAGUAAAGCUAGUUGUGAAUUGGAAAAGACGAAUGCCUUAUUAAGGGAGCAGAUGGAUGAGAAUAAACUAAAGGAUGAGAGGAUACAUGAAUUGAUUGAUAGAGUAAAGGAGCAAAAUCUUAAAGAUCCUACAGAGCCAGAACCAGUUGUCACCUGUGAUGCAUCAGUCAGUACAGAUAGCAAAUGUGUCCAGGAGAAAGCUGUCUCAACAGAACCUCAACCAGCUGAUUGUCCCAAAGAAGCAGACUCUAAAUGCUCAAGCACUCAGACAAAUAUAGUAGAAGCACGAGAUAUUGAAAUCUUAGCCCAAGUCACUACAUCAGAUAAAAUUGUGGGUGUAGAGAUUGUAACUUGUGACCGGGCAAUAGAGACCGAAGUUCUGGAUGAUCUACAAAUUUGCAAUCUCAAGGAAGUUUCCGAUCUGUUAGGAAAGACAGACUCGAUAGAAAUCAAUGAGGGUGAUAUUCAAGAUUAUGUGUCAAGUCCAAAUAGAGAUGUGUUAGUCAGUGAAAAUGUGGUUGCAGAGAGUGACAAUGAAGAAUUUGUGAUGGUAGAAAGUGCCAUGGUUGAGACGAUGCCCAGUGAAAGUGAGGUCUCUGAGCCCAGAGACCCAGCGAUGGAAUCUUUUGAGAUUGCAGGUGUUCAAAGCACAGUCACGGAUAAAGUUGAAGGAGAAAAAAGUGCUGGUUUGCAAACACAAGGGCAGGAAUCUCAGUCUCAGAGGGCAUCUGAAGCCACAGCCUCUCCUGCUGCGAUUGGCCAGGUUGUUAAUCGUAUCCAGGGUCUCCUUAAUGAGCAGUGGGCCAGCCUGGGAAGUGGGGGGCAAGAUCCAAAAGGAGAGAGCUCCCAGAAACCUCACGCCUCGAAAAUAAGCUCCAUUCAAAGCCACCUGAGAGGUUCCCUAAGUGCCCUGUCGGCUUUCUACUCGCCAGUUCAGAAAGGAGGGGCUGCACGACAAUCAGGCCUGAAAUCGAUCAUGAAGAAGAAUGACUGUCCUGACAAGCAGGGCAAUGUGGGAGCCAAGAAGAACUUGAAGUUUGUUGGCGUAAACGGAGGCUAUGAGACCACCUCCAGUGAGGACUCCGGUGGGGAGGAGGCUCAGGACGAGGGGGAGGAGGUGGAUAGCUCGGAGCCUGAGGUGGAGCACGGGGAGGAGAGUGGAACGGCCCAGGAGGAGGCUGCUGCUACUGGGGAGCACGGUGAAGGGGUUCAGGCCGAGGUGACAGAGGGCUCUGAGGAGCCUGAUGCCCCUCAGACAGCCAUGAGUCCCCAGGAGGAGCAGCCUGUGAGUGAGUUAGUUAAUGAGAGCUUCAUGGCUGCUUGUCAUUUCCUGAAGGAUCGUAUGGCUGAAGUUGCUUCCCCAAAUGUAGAGAUGAGGCAGGUUCUCAUGGUGCUCUAUCAGGAGUGGUUUCGUGUGUCCAGUCAGAAGGACUCGCAGGCAGAUACAGUCACCCUGUACCUGAGAGAGGUGGGCUUCCAAACUCCCACCCUUAUGCGAUAUAUAGUGAACCUAUCUGAUGGAAAUGGCAACAUGGCGCUUCACUACAGUGUGUCCCAUUCCAACUUCUCUGUAGUUAAACUGUUAUUAGACACAGGACUGUGUGAGGUUGAUCAACAAAACAAGGCUGGCUACACUGCUAUAAUGUUGGCAUCCCUUACUGCGGCUGAGAGCCCUGAAGACAUGGAGGUGGCACAGCAGCUACUGAGAAUGGGCAACAUUAACGCACGCGCCAGCCAGUCAGGGCAAACAGCACUGAUGCUCGCAGUGAGUCAUGGACGGACAGUGAUGGUGCAGGUUCUUUUAGACUGCAAUGCUGAUGUGAACAUACAGGACCGGGACGGUUCCACUGCCUUGAUGUGUGCUUGUGAGCAUGGCCAUACUGAGAUAGCCAAACUACUGCUGGAGAGACCAGAGUGUGACAAGUCACUAAAAGAUAAGGAUGGCCACACAGCUCUUUCAGUAGCCAUGAAGGCCUCCAACUCUGAGAUAGUGGACCUUCUGAAAGCUCACACUGAUCCAGCCAUAGCCACAGAUUCUUCAGCUCCACCCUAAAUUCAGAUGCCUUGUCUUCAUUUCUGUCAUCUUUCUACUGCCUCAAACAGACGUUCUGGCCAGGCUAACAUUCAACAGUAGAGAUACAGCAUUUGCCAGUCAUUUGAAGAUUCUCUACCUUAAAAAUGUAAGUGUUGGAUAAACAGCCAAUGAGAAAUGUACUCGAGGAAGGGCCACGAAGGGCAAGCUUUCCCAAAUCUGUCCUGAAGCACAGCUACUGUAGCUAUUUUCAAAAUAUUAACAUUGCUUAGAUCAGGCAUGGUACAUGGUUACAUGUUUUGACCUUCUAUUUGCAGGUAAUGUGACUAUAUUUUUGUUAGGUGAUCAAGCGUAAUCUACAAAUGUUAUUAAAAUAUCAGAUAUACACAUAUUUAUUUUUAUUGCACUUUUCUGUAAUAUCUCCUUGUAUCUUAGGUUUGUCUUGGUAUAACCUGAUCAGUCUUCCUAGAAAUGAGCUUUUGAGUUACAGUAGGGCAGAGCCGCUUCUCACAGUUGACAUGUAAUUAAUUUAUGACACAUCCAUUUGUCCACACUUCUCUUCCCAUUGAGAAAAAUAAUAGAACAUUUUGAAACUUCAAUGACAAAAAUUCCAGUAAGCAGGAACUUGUCCAUUAAAAUAUUUAACAAUUUACCAUAACAUUUUAGGCCUGUUUGGUAACAUAGUUAAUGCAUUAGCAAACAUAAACCAACAUUGAGCAAUAUUGUUUUUCAGCAUUUAUUCCUUUCUAUUGACAGAAGUACACAAAAUUUCACUGGACCUUUAACACACACAACCUUUUUGUAAAGUGUUACCAAGUUUGCUGAAUGCUCUAACCUGCCACAGUAUUAACUCUUACUUCAUUAAAUCCCUCCUUCAUUCAUACGGUAUUUCAAACCAAGACUUAGCCUAUAGAUGGAAGUUUAAGCAGCACAUGAUAAAAAACUGGACUAUAUCCACAUGUACAUUGUGCCUGCUUGAAAUUUAGGCAUCAAACGUUGUAAUGAAGAGAUGUGUAAUGACAAACCAUUUACUAAGCUGGAGAAAGUAUAAAUCUAUGUAUGUAUACUGUGGGAGGUGCUGUGAACUAAUACUCUGAAAUGCAAUGACUAUUUAUUUCAAUUUCUAUAUUUUUGAGUAUAUACAGGUAUAUGCAUGGAUGAAAUAUUGACCUAAUAAAAACAUGCAUUUUG